AAAUACUACCAAAGUAUUUUAUCAGAACUUUAACUGUCAUAAUUUUUUCAAGGCAAGAGUAAAUUUUAGUCACAAAACUUCAUUUUUUUUUCCUUUUCAAAUUUAAUUAAAAUGUAAAGAAGAACUUCACUGUGGAGGUAGUAUAUGCAGGUAUAUAUUUGCGUUAAUGGAAGUAUGGUUGAUUUUUAUGUGUCCUUUAGACUGUAAAAUAUUAAAACCAAAAGGAUGAGUAAGCCAAAACCAACCUUCUUCGCUCUUCAUUUUCUGCUUUAUGUCUCAAUAAUCCUCCAAUCAGUCUGUUGCAAUGGAGAUUGUCCAGAUAUAGAAAAACAAUCACUUGUGAAGCUAAGGCAAUCUUUGAGAGAUCCAAACCACCAUAUUUCUUCAUGGAAUCUCGAAGUCAAUUGUUGCACAUGGAAAGGCGUGGUUUGCAUCUCUGCCACCACCGCCGCCACCAUACAUGUUCAUGAGCUCCAUCUCCAAAACUACAAUUUAAGCGGUGACCUGAACCCGUCUCUGAGAAACCUCAAGCACUUGACGCAUCUCGACCUGAGCGGCAACAACUUUGGGGUAACAAUCCCUUCAUUCAUCGGCUCAAUUGCGUGCCUGGAGUAUCUGAACAUGUCUGGAGCUGGAUUCCGGGGAGAGAUUCCGCACACCAUAGGGAAUCUUUCAAGUUUACACACUCUGGACUUUGAUGGCUCCGAGGAUGUCACAGCAGAUAGCCUUCGCUGGUUGUCCGGGCUCUCUCGGUUGGGGUACCUCAACCUGAAUCAUGUGAACCUAAGCAAAGCCGGGGACUGGUUUCAGGCGAUCAACGCCGGCCUCCCCUCUCUGGAAGAUUUGCAUCUCUCGUUUUGCAGUUUGGAUUCGAUUGGAGAUGGUGCUGGUCUUAGCACUAACCUCAGUGAGUCUUUGAAGUUCUUCGAUCUCUCCCACAACAGAUUCGAAAAUCUUGCCAUUCCAGGAUGGGUUUUACAGCUCAGGAAUCUUCUUCAUCUUGAUCUGAGUUUCAACAAUUUCAAGGGACCAAUCCCAGAGAUCACGAAUGCAACGAAGCUCCAGUACAUUGAUCUCUCCAAGAACCAUUUCAAUUCCACCAUUCCAGACUGGCUUUACCUCUGCAAGGACUUGGAGUUCGUCCACUUCAGUUACAGCCUCCUGCAGGGUACAAUCUCCAAUGCCAUAGCCAAUCUGACCUCUCUUAACACCCUGGAUUUCUUCGGGAACCGACUGUCUGGGAAAAUCCCAAAAGAGGUCUCUCGAAUGUGUGGGUUGCAGUUUCUGUUUCUGACCUUCAAUGAUUUUGAAGGAGAUGUAUCGGAUUCGUUUGGGGAUAUGUCGGACUGCUUCUUAGCGUCCAUGAAACUCCUCUGUGUGCGGGGUAACCGGCUCUCCGGCCACCUCCCGGAGAGAUUCGGAGAUUUUGCGGGGAUGCAGCAUCUCCAUUUCGGCGGGAACCUGUUUUCCGGCGAGAUUCCGGCCAGUCUGGGUAAGCUGACGUCCUUGCUGGAGAUGAGCUUGUACGGGAACAGGUUCACCGGGAGUCUACCCGAGAGCUUCGGCCGGCUCUCGAAUCUAGAAGAUCUUUACGCCGACAACAAUAUGCUGCUGGAGGGGACGGUGACGGAGAGUCACUUCGCCAAUCUCACGAAGCUGAAGACCUUUAGCGCCUCCGGCAACCACUUGACGUUGAACGUGAGCGCGACUUGGGUCCCGCCCUUCCGGCUCACCACCCUCAGACUAGGGUCGUGGAAGUUACAAUCGGGCCCCGGAUCUAGGGUUCCGCCAUGGCUCGAGACGCAGAAGAGCACCAUCUCGGAACUAGAUCUAUCGAAUACGGGAAUCUCCGGCGGCGUUCCAAGCUGGUUUUGGAAAACUAGGGUUUUGAACUUGUCUCAUAACCAUCUAUACGGCCAGAUCCCAAGCGAAAUUGAUCUCCCGGCUGAAUCUAUGUAUCUGAGCUCCAAUCAGUUCUCCGGUCCUCUUCCUCGAAUCUCUCGCGCGAUGAAAGAGAUCGAUUUCUCUAGCAACUCUCUGUCCGGAGACACGCGUCAAUUUCUCUGCAACACCUCCUCCGACGAGACCUACGAGGUGGAGAUUCUCCAUCUGGGAGGAAACCAGUUGACCGGAGAACUACCAGAUUGCUGGAUGAAAUGGCGAUCAUUGAAGUAUUUGAAUCUAGGAAACAACGCAUUCAUAGGAAGCAUUCCGAAUUCGAUCGGAUUUCUCCGAAACCUACAAUCGUUGAAUCUAUACGGGAACAGAUUGUCAGGGAACAUACCUCCUCCAUUGCAGAACUGCGCGGAGCUGGUGAAGGUCGAGCUCUCCCGUAACGAUAUCCACGGGAACAUACUGCCAUGGAUGGGGAAGAGACUGGUCAAUUUGAAGUUCCUCAUUUUAGGCUCAAACAAGAUGACCGGCCACAUUCCGACCGAGAUCUGCCGCCUGAGCUCCCUCCAGAUACUGGAUCUCUCCAGCAACAGAUUCUCCGGUGCCAUACCUUCAUGCGUUGGUAACUUCACUGCAAUGGUCACAAAGCGGAGCUUAGAUAAAUACGAAUACUCUUCUUAUUCAGUCGCCUUCUUCAUUGACAGUGCAUUAGUAUCCACAAAGGGUAGUGAAUUGCAGUAUGACACCAUCCUCUCAUUGGUGACCAGCAUAGACCUCUCCGGCAACGACCUCGCCGGAGACAUUCCAGAUGGAAUCACAAGGCUAGUGGAAUUGAGAUCACUAAACCUGUCAAGAAAUCAUCUGUCCGGUUUGAUCCCAGACAGUUUUGGAGACAUGAAGCAAUUGGAAUCACUCGAUUUGUCAAGAAACGUUUUGUCCGGUCACAUUCCCAGUGGCUUCUCCAGUUUAUCUUCUCUGAAUCAUUUGGACCUGUCUUUCAACAAUCUAUCUGGGAAAAUACCCAAAAGCACUCAGCUUCUGGGCUUUGACAGCGAGGGCUUCGUGGGUAACCAUCUGUGUGGGCCGCCAUUAACGCGAGAUUGCAGCCGUGAAGUCCAUGGAAACAGAGAGGAGAAUGGGGAUGAAGAUGAAGACGAUGAUUGGUUUUAUGUGUUUUUAGCUUCAGGAUAUGCUGUGGGAUUCUCGGCAGUUUGCAUAACUUUAGUCUUGAAGAACUCAUGGAGAGAAGCUUAUUUCCAGACGCUAGAACACAUGUGGAAUAAGCUUCGUGUUUAGGCAUUGUAAUAAUGCAGACAAAAAUGC